AGAGUCGGGGAGUGUGUUUUGAAAUAACGAGACGGAAAAGAGCACGCUUAUCAGCGCUGAACCGAAACCGGAGUGACGGGAAAAUUUGAAGAUUGGACGCACGCGUUCGUGGGAAAUGUGGUUCACAGGCUCGGAGUGAGAUGUGUUUGUGGGCAGAUUAGAUGGUGUUAUUUUUAACGUUCAGGUGGGAAGUGUUUGCAGAGAGCUUGUGAGUGUUUUAUUUUUUUCCUGCGGUGGAAGAGAACUUUUUCGAGGAAAACAAACUGUGGAAUGAAGGACUUCCAGCAUCCAAGAACCAGCACGAGCUCAGUCAGUUUCCGCUCUCUCUAGAAAUAGCAACCAAUUUGCAUUUCGAUUCCUUCCAUCAUCAACAGCAGCAUCCAAGUUGCUAAGUGUUACGGUUCACCGGAAAUAAGAGAGCUGUGGAAUCGAACAUGAAUACCAAAUAGCAGAAUCCCCGGUAGCCUCCCAGGAGCAACAGAGCAUUUUAAUCCUGACGAAUGAGUAACAAAGCAGCAGGUUGUGGCCAAAAACGAAUAAAUUUUGCCACUGCUCGGAACCUCUUUCCAUGUUUUCCGGCCAGUCCAGUGUGUCCAGUUUGCUCGCAUGAUAGUGAGUAAUAAAUUAAUGAAGAUAAAGGAAAGCGACCGGGACCGGGAGUAAGAGCUCAACUCCGGAGGGAAUUGGUGGAGGAGCUUCGGCAGGGAAGAAAGAUCGUGGUUUUGCAGGAAGGAAAGACACAGAAAAAGUGGUUUAAAACGAAUUCAAAUAAAAGGAAAAACUCAGAGUGCAGGAAAAUCGAAGUGAACAGCGUGAGACCUUUUGUGGCAGGCAAAAGUGUGGAGUUCAGGAUAAAAAAGAGAGCGUCCUUUUCAGAGUCACGGAAGCGACCAGGAGCCAACAGUUGAACGGGACUAGAAAAGGAUAAAAUUGAAAUAAAAAUAAAAUUAAAAUAAAAAAGGCAAAGCCACUGCCGCUGUCGUCGUGAUGCAGGAAGUGGAAUACUUUGGUGAUACCUUGACCACCGGUGCCUGCAGUGGUGGCACCGGAAAUGGCGUCCACAGGGGGUCGGGGACGACGGGGGGUGGUAAGCAUCCGAGGAAAUGUAGCUACGAUUUACUGGAACACCGCAAGUAUAACAAAUGUGAUGAAAAUGUAAAUUAUACCUCCUCGGUGGCCAACGCCACAGUUGCCGACCUGCCCAGUUCGCCGUCACUGUCGCCGUCGUCGUCCUCGGAAGAGGACAGCCCCUCGCCGACGGAGAUGAACAACUGCAUCAAGUUUGGCGUGGAGAAGCCGACGCUGAUCAAACGCUUCACCCUCGGCUUCCUACGUUCCACCGAGGACAGUCUGCCCCUGGUGUACCAUAAAUCAUCGCCAACAUCACCCACCCAAAAGAAGCUGAACGACAUCCUGUCCGAGGACAUCUACAAUCUGGACCAGAUCGUAUCGAGCAAAUUUGGCGACUCCUGCCGGCAAUCCCUUACCACGGCCGCUCCUCAGCUGCGGCCAGAGUACGAGUUCCGGCGGAACCGGUUGAUCCGCAAGACGAACAGCGCCAACUCGAGCCCCAAGAAGCGGUUCGUGCCGAACAUCGCGGUCAAGCGCACCGACAGUUUGAACAGCAUCGAGGACAACGACCUGGACAGUGCCAGCUGGUUCCAGGCCGGGCUGCCGCGGGAGGUCUCGCUGGAGGUGCUCACGCAGCAGCAGCCGGGGGCGUUUCUGGUGCGGAGGAGCACCACCAAGCAGGGAUGUUUUGCGCUGUCGUUGCGGGUGCCGCCGCCGGGGCCGAAGGUGGUGCACUAUUUGAUACUGAAGACGGAGCGGGGGUACAAGAUUAAGGGCUUCACCAAGGAGUUCUCGUCGCUGCGCGCCCUGAUAACGCACCACUCGGUGAUGCCGGAGAUGCUUCCGGUUCCGCUGUCGCUGCCGCGCCCCCAGAACAUCCCCCUCAAGUGCAAACGCGUCGACGACUACGACAGCUACAGCACGCUGCACGAGUUCUCCAAGCUGUUCUCCGAUCUGGACCUGUGAUAGUCCGUGUCAGCGGAAGGAGGGAAAACUUGGCUCUUUUGAUGAGUUUGUAAAUAGCCACUUUUGUAUACACACACACACAAGGACACAUGAACGACGCGCAAACACUGGGAAAAUGAUUUUACACCUGAUGAGAAGAAAAUAGAAGAAGAGGAAAAGCUGGAGUACCCUUAAGUUGGUACCCGAAAUGGCAGUUGGUGUUGUUGUAGUGUAUAACUUUACAAUCAAAAUAAGGAAGAAGAAGGCGAAAACUAAUAGUUGUAACACAUACACACAAACUACCGUAAUCGUUUGAUAUUGUGAUAUAGAAUUAUAUAUGGAAGGAACAUAAAUGUGAAACAACCUGGUCAUUAUUACCAGCAGCUAGGACACGACGCAAACUGGGAAGAAAGAAAAUCGGAAUUGAAAAUAAAUGACUUUAAAAGUUGUGUCGAAUUGAAAAACUGGCA